UGCCCGACGGGUUUCCUUUCCUCCUGCGUUUGCUGAAAUCCUCUCCUUCGUCGCCAUUGAAGGGUCCGUCCGGAGCUCGGAAGAUGGAUUCUCUGCAGUCUCACAGGGCGGAGAUGAUCAGCAUCGCCGUGGCUCUCGUCGCUAUUGGAGCUGGCACCGCCUACUACUUCUACAUCCACAAGAAACCUAAAGGUUGCUUGGAUCCUGAAAAAUUCAAGGAAUUCAAACUCGUUAAGCGCACGGAGCUCAGCCAUAACGUGGCUAAAUUUACAUUUGCUCUUCCAACUCCAGAUUCGGUACUAGGGCUACCUAUCGGCCAACAUAUGAGUUGCAGAGGAAAGGAUAGUCAAGGUGAAGACGUUAUCAAGCCUUACACUCCGACAACAUUGGAUUCUGACGUUGGAUACUUUGACUUAGUUAUUAAGAUGUAUCCACAAGGAAGGAUGUCUCACCAUUUCCGCACGAUGCAAGUAGGCGAUUACUUGGCUGUGAAAGGACCCAAAGGCCGCUUCAAGUACCAGCCUGGCCAAGCUAGGGCCUAUGGAAUGAUUGCUGGAGGUACAGGCAUUACUCCAAUGUUCCAGGUUGCCAGAGCCAUAUUGGAAAACCCAAUUGACAAGACCAACACAUGUCUGAUAUAUGCUAAUGUUACUUAUGAGGACAUUCUUUUGAAGGAGGAGCUUGAUGAUAUGGCAAGAAGGUUUCCAGGUCGCUUCAGUAUCUAUUAUGUUCUGAAUCAGCCACCAGAAGGAUGGAAUGGUGGAGUUGGUUACGUGUCUAAGGAGAUGAUUCAAGCUCACUGCCCUGCACCGGCCUCUGACAUCCAGAUUUUAAGGUGUGGACCACCACCCAUGAACAAGGCAAUGGCAGUUCACCUCAAUGAACUUGGGUACACUUCCCAGAUGCAGUUUCAGUUUUAACUAGUCGCUGAUCCUACAUUUUUCUCAAUCAUUGUCCGCCUCACUUAUGAAGUUGAGAUUGUAUUCUUGGCCUAAAUGCCAAUUACGGGAGUGACCGGAGAUUCUUUCCUCACAGUAGUUUCUACACUUGAUUCUCAUAUCGCUGAGCUAUUUUCAUUUUCUUGAUACCUUGGAAGGGGUACUUGCCUUAAUCCCGCCGACGUAGGACCGAGUAAUUUGAGUUGUAUUGGUAUGUUGUUUUAUUAGCAAAUGAUUGUAAUUUGAAUUGAUUAACAGAAUAUUACAGCAAUGGAGACAGAUUCUCCGAGAAAAGCA